GUCAGUUUGAUUGGACCAAUAGACGUGUAGCUAAGGGAACGAACGCUUCCUCUACUACAGUUUGAAUUUUCUAAAGUCGAGCAAGAAGCGUCGCGCCCAAAGUUUUAGGCCAUGAGCUGGGCGGUGGAGGAGUGGAAGGAUGGACUUCCAGGGAAAGCCCUGCAGAAGAUCCAGGAGAUGGAGGCCCAACUGGACAAGCUGAAGAAGGAACGGUCACAGAAGCAGUUUCAGCUGGACUCUCUGGAAGCUGCCCUGCAGAAACAGAAGCAGAAGGUGGACAGCGAACGCACCGAGAUCUCAGCUUUGAAAAGAGAAAACCAGUCGAUGAUUGAGUCAUGUGACGCUUUGGAGAAAACUCGUCAGAAGGUCGUUCAUGACCUCGGAGUCAAAGAGCAGCAGGUGAGCUACCUGGAGGGUCAACUUAACUCCUGCAAAAAGACCAUCGAUCGUCUGGAGCAAGAACUCAAGAAGUACAAAACUGAGCUCGAUCGCACUCAGCCUGCUGGAUCUUCCUCGCUGUCCACCUCUUCCUCCGACCUGCAGACGUUCAGCACUCCACAGAAGACUUUUGCUACGCCAGCGCCUGUCGCUGCACACAGACAGCAAGAUGGCAAACUGGAGGAACUUCAGGAAAAGUACAACCAUGAAGUGGAAGAAAGAAGAAAGUUGGAAAGUGAGCUCAAAAUGUUGCAGGUCAAGUUGCUGAAUCAGUCAUCCGUCAGCCAUAAGGACAUCGCCGCCCGCCAAGCUGGGUCAUCCAUAUUCCCAUGGCAACAACAGGAUCAGGUCCACAGCCUGCGGGGCCAGGAUGUGAUGGAGACGCCGCUAAAGAGGCGCGGUGCUUCUCUGUGGGACACCCACGAGGAAACGCCGAUCAAACCCAGCCAGCGGAUGAGUUCGUCCAGAACCGUCCAGAGUCCCGGUGGAUCGUCCCAACAGACGGAGCAGCUGAAGAGCCUCAACCAAGAGCUGCGUGGUCGUGUGUCAGAGCUGGAGAGGAAUCUGGCCGCUCAGGAAAAGGAAAUUCGUAACCAAGCGUCAAAGUUGCAGGAACUUCAAACUCACUUGAACCAAACCCGCAAAGAGCUGGCGGAGCGGGACAGAGAGCUGGCCAAGGCCGGCCACGAGCUGAGCCAGGCUGCAGACCGCCACCAGCAGCUGCAGGCAAAGUGUUCCCUGGUGGAGCAGAAGCUGAAGCAGGUCUCUGAGGAGAUGAGCUGCCAGAGGCACAACGCUGAGAGCUGCAGGCGAGCUCUGGAGCAGAAACUCAAAGACCAAGAGAGAAACAGUCAGAAGGAGUUGGCUCAGCUUCAGAGUUCCCAUCAGGUUUUGGAUCAGCAGCUCAACCAGACCAGAACCAAGCUGACGCAGGAGGUCCAACAGGCCAAAAAAGACCACAAUGUCCUUCAAGCGGACAUGGAGAAGCUGCGCUUGCAGAAGAAUCAGAUGGAGAGAGAAAUAGAGGAGCAGAAGCAGAAGCUGCUGCGGUCCGAACAAGGCCUGCAGGCGACGCAGACCAAAGAGCAAGACCUCCGCAAAAAGAUGGAGGAGCUGCAGAAAGAGAAGAGCGGUGCGACCAUCCAGCUGGACCGCAGCAGCAGGUUGCUGACUCAGCUGGAAGAGGAGAAGAGGAUCUCUGAGCAGUCGCUGAAACGGACCCAGGGGCAGCUGGAGGAUCUGAAAGCGAAAUCUGAAGGACAGGCCGAGGAGCUGAAGAGACUCCAGUCCAAACUUGAGCAACAGACUCAGGCGGCAGCAAGAGAGCUGGAGCAGAUGAAGAAGACGCUUUCUGACGCAGAGGCCCAGAGUGACAAAUCUCAGAAUGAGUUUCAAAAGCAGAAGCAGGAGAGUGAGAAGCUGAGCAACACUCUGACGGUGGUGGAGAAGGAGAGCGAAGCGCUGAAAUCAAACCUCCGUCAGAGUCAGGACGAGUGCCAGGCUGUGAAACUGGAGCACCAGGCUCUGCUGGAGUGGAAGAAAAACAAGGAGAACUUGAUCAACCAAACCGAGGCCGUGCAGCAGGAGCUCACCGACAAGAUUAUCACUUUGGAGGACAAAGCGAGCCUGAUGCACGAGGCCAACAACAAACUCCAGGACCAGAUCUCAUCCAUGGAGGCAGACAAAGCCAGUCUGUCCGCCCACAUCGACGCCCUGAAGGGAGAACUCCUCAUGAGGAGCACGGAGCUGGAGGAGAAGCAGCAUCAGUACCAGCAGCUUCAGCUCCACGUCUCUGAAGCGGAACAGAAACACGGCAAAGAGCUGGAGAACGCCGGGAAGCAGCUGGCGCAGCUCCAGGGUCAGGUGAAAGAGCUGGAGUCCCGACUGCAGAGGGAGACGUCUCGAGCCGAGCUGGCUGAGAAGACGAUCUCUGAGCUGCAGGAGGAGCACCAGGCCGCCUGCGACCUGCUGCACUCCAAGGACCAGCUGCUGGAGCUGGGCCUGGCUGAGGUCAGCCAGCUGAAGGACAGCCUGGCUCAGUCCGCCGCACAGCAGGAGGCGCAGAGCGACAGCUUCGUGAUGCAGAAGGCCGUCCUGCUGAAGCAGUGUGAGGAGAGCGUUUCGGCGCAGGCUGAGGAGACGGAGCGCGUCAAGCUGCAGGCGGAGGAAGUCCAGCAGGAGCUGCUGCUCUCCAGACACAAAAUCACUUCCAUGGAGCAGAUCCUGAAGGUCCAGGAGCAGCUGGGAGCCGAGCUGCAGAAACAAAUUAAGACGAUGUCCGAUAAGGAGGAGGAGCUGACGAAGACCUGCGAGGAGAAAUCAGAGGAGCUGAAACGUUUGGAGGAGGAGCUGAAGGUCCAGCGGAGCCGGACCGCGGAGACGGAGCAGCAGCUCAGAGCGGCUGAAGCUCAGAUCCUCUCUGUGGAAAAUCAAAAGGCUGAGCUGGAAAAUCGACUUCAAGAGAUGAAGACAGAAGCAGAGAUCCUGCAGUUCAGUCACACUGAAAGGAUAAACGCUCUCCAGGAACAGAUCUUAUGUCUGGAAAAGCAGGUUGCUGCAAACCAGGAAGCAGCAGAGGAGGUUCCUGUCCUGAAAAACAAACUGGACGUGGUCAACCAGUCCCUUGCUCACCUUAACAAAUCUCUUGAAGCUUCAGAAAAGUGCCUCAGCUCUGCAAAUGAAAUAAAAGCUGGCCUGGAGGCCACCUGGUCUGAGAAAGUGAAACUUAUCACAGCUUUGGAGGAUCAGAUCAAUAAUCUCACCGAGAAGCUGAGGAAAGAGUCUGAGAGCCACAGCUCAGAGGUUGGGGACUUGGCCAAUAAGGAGAGGAGCCUCAAAGAGCAGCUGGAAGCCAUUAAGCAGUCAGCAGCUGCAGCCAAAGCAGAAUCCAGCUCCAGACGGGAGGAGAUCCGAACCAUGAAGGCGACUCUGUCUGCAGCGUCCCGCGGCCUGGAAGAAAGAGACAACACGAUAAAGGGUCUGAAAGAGAAGCUGGACAAAGCAGAGGCAGAGCAGGCCAAAGCCUCCGAGCUCCUGAAGGAGAAGACGGUGGCCAUGAACAAAAUCAAGGUGCAGCUGGAGAUGCUGCAGAUGGACCUGGAGGACAACGAGUCGGCCAUGACCUCAGUGGACAGUCAGGUGGAGGAGCUGAAGGGAACCAUAGCGUCACUGGAGGCCAUGCUGGAGGACAGCAAAGCCCAGGUUUCUGUCUUGGAAACCCGUUUGGACGAGGUCCAGUCCCAAAACUCUCUGCUGGAGACAAAAUACGUGACGGCGAAGGAGGAGCUGCUGGAGCGGAGCUGCGAGAUAACCCGUCUGGAGGAGGACGCCGUCAGACGGCAGCAGCUAGAGGAGAGCGUCUCGGCCUUGGAGGCCAAACUGAGUCAGAUCACUGAGGAAAACUCAAAGGCAGAGACGGAGCUGAGGCAGAUCAUUCAGGAGAAAGGGAGCCGUUUGGAUCAGCUAAACGAGGAGAAAAACGACCUCCAGGCUUCCUUAACGCUGCUGAUGGAUGAGCAGAAACAAGCUGAAACUGAAAUCACUCGGGUAAAAGCGGGGAAGGAGGAGCUGGAGGAGAGAAUGAGCGACCUGUUGAAGGAGAUUCAGCAGCUCCAUGCUGAUGUUGGAGAGUUAUCUGAGCAGAAGCAGGAAGCGGAGGCAACGAUCGACCAGAUGGCUGCAGAAACGCAACAGACGGAGUCCGCGCUCCGUCGGGUCUCGGAGGAGAAAGCCCAGCUGGACGUCGCUCUGAGUUCAGUCAGCGAGGAAAAAGUUGAGCUGCAGGAGAGGCUUUCUGCUUUAACCUCUGAGAACAGGGAGCUGGUCUGCAAAGUGCAGCAGGUGGAGGAGGAGAAACUCCAGCUGGAGUCAAAGUUUAGUGAAAUCUCUGAGGAAAACGUCAAGCUGCAGUCGGAGAUGAACCGUCUGACUGCAGAGAAGCAGCAGCUGCAAACCAGCGCAGAGAGGCUGCAGGAGCAGCUCGACACGAGGGACGAGAUCAGCCACACGGAGAGCAGAGAGCGGAACCAGCAGUUUGAGGUGGAGCAGGCUGCGCUGCACCAGAAGCUGUCCGUCCUCCAGAUGGAGCUGGCUGUGCUGCAGCAGCAGUGCGACCUGCUGCUGCAGCAAGUGGACCAGCAGCAGCGCAUCAUUCAGCAGCUCACUCUAAAUGAACUUGAGGUCUUACUUACAUCCAUGUGUCCAUCAGGAGACGAGUCUUGGCCGGUGAAAGACGUCGGCGUUGAUGCAGAAAUGAAGCAGCAGGGUGAACCGAAGACGCUGUGGUCAGAGUUUGAUCUGCUGACCUCUGAGCUGCAGCUGAGAGCAGAGCUGGAAGUCCAAGCUCAGAAGCUGGAGGAGAAAGUUCAGGCUGCAGAGGAGCAGCUGAGCUUCGCUUUGGAGGAGAAGAAGAGUCUUUCUGAUCAGGUGACGCAGCUGCUGGAGGAGAAGGACUCGCUUAGUCUGCAACUGGAAACGUCUAGAUGUCAACUCACUGACGCCAUGGAGAUGUUGGAAGGACUCGAGAUGGCCAAAGGCGGAUGGGAUGAGAAGUUCCUUCAGCAGGAGAGCGAGUUGAAGAGGGUCCGCUCUGAAAAAGCAAACCUGGAGCAGCACAUCCUGGGAAUGGAGUCUGAACUGGAGAGCAUGCAGGCAGAAAGCUGCAGGCUUACGGAGGAGCUGGAGACCCAGAGGAAGACUUAUUCAGGACGGAUACAGCAGAUAGAAGCUCUCCUUUCGGAGACGACCCAGCUGAGAGCCGAACUCGUGUCGUGCUCUGAAGACCGAGAUGAGUUGAGUCAGUCUUUAUGUCAUUGGAGGGACAAAGUUCACGGUUUGGAGAAGACAAACCUGGAGACCAGAAAUUUAAUCUCCAUCCUGGAGGAAGACAUCCGGGUCGGAAGGAAGGAGUACGAAAGUCUGCAAAGCGGCAUGGAGAGAGUGAAGGCAGAGAGGGAGCAGUUUUUGCAGCAGGUUGUGGUUCUGGAAGAGGCAAUUUCUAAGCAUAACAGGGAGAAGGAGGGGCUGCUGAGCCACCUCCACGAGAUGGAAGAUGAUCACACGUCUACCAACCAAAACACCGAGUCCAUGGCCGGAAAAAUCCAGGCUUUAGAGGGAGAAGUGCGUCGCCUCUCCCAGUCUCUGGAGUCGUCGCUGCUGGAGAAAGGAGAAAUCGCAUCUCGGCUGAACUCCACUCAGGAGGAAGUCCGGCAGAUGAGGACGGGCAUCGAGAAGCUCCAGGUCCGCAUCGAGUCAGACGAGAGGAAGAAGAAGAACAUGGGAGAGCUGCUCAAAGCUGCUCAGAGGAAGUCCGACUCGCUGCAGGAUCGCAUCGAUGCGCUGGAGCGAGAAAAAGACGAAUUUGAGCAAAAUCUAGAGGAGGCCAUGUUGCAGGCCGAAGCGGCAAAAGCUGAGCUGGAAGAGGAGAGGAGUAAGGUGGAGGAAGAGAAGAAAGAGCUGAAUGAGAAACUGACUGAGCUGUCCGCCGCUCUGGACACCCAGAGAUCUGAGAAAGCUCAUUUAGAGAGAGAGCUGGACAUGAAAAAUGUAGAGAUAGAGGAGCUGAAGGCAGCUACGGACAAACUGGAACAGGGUUUGGAGAAAGCAGAGGUGGACAGAAGACAAGAAGAAGACAGACAGAGACAAAGACUGGAGGAGCUGGAGAAAUGGACGAGAGAGGAAGCGGAGAGACAAAGUGUGCGAGUCGGAGACCUUCAGGGCCAGCUGACAGAGUCGGAAAGGGAAAACAACGACCUCAGGACAACUAUUGAGUCUUUAGGGGAAGAAAUAAAGGAUCUUAAAACACUUGCUCAAGCUAAAGAGGAAGAAAUCCUCACUUUGGAGAAGGAGAAAGAGAAUAAGGCAGAAUCAUUCGCAGCAGAGAAGAAACAAUUGGAGGAAAGAAAUGAACAGCUAGAACAGGAGAGAGACGAGCUUCAGUCUGCUCUGGUGUCUGUGAGCCAAGAGAAAGCAAAGGCAGAUCAGGAGAAAACGGAGUUGGAAGAGAAGAGAGUAAAGCUUCAGUCCAAGAUCUCGUUGGUAGAAAUGGAGAAACAGAACCUCCAACAAACCGUCUCCUCACUGGAGCAGGAAAAGCUGAGGUUAGAGGCAGAAACUGAGGAGUUGCAAUCCUCACUGUUGAUGAUGGAAGAGGAGAAGAACAACCUGUCUUCAGCUCUUUCUCUGCUGGAGGAAGAGAAGCAGCAGGCAACAGAGGAGAAGGAGAGGCUCACACAGGAACAUGAGGCUCUCCAGAAAACAGUCGCCUCCAUGGAAGAAGAACUGGAGACACGCAAACGAUCCAUGACCCAGAUCAGUGAGCAGGUCUCUGAAUUAACAUCCAGCUUGGCUCGUCUGACGAAAGAGAGAGACUCUGCUCUGAGCAAAAUUAACCUCUGGAUGAAGGCCUGCAAACAGCUGGAGCAGGAGAAGCAGAACAUCCUAAGCAGCUCAGAAGGAGGAAGGAGCAGUGAGGAGUUGCAGGCUGAAGCGACCCAGCUGAGGUCGGAGGCAGAGGCCAGGAGGAAAGAAGUGGAAGAACUGAAAACCGCCCUGGAGAAAAAAACGGCAGAGGCUGAGGAAAGACGACAAGAACUGAAGCAAAAGGAGGGAGAGGUGAAGGAGCGAGCGGCUGCUCUGGAGGGAGUGAGAGCGGAGAAGGAAAGGGAGCUGGAGGAGAUCAGGAAGGAGCUGGACGAGGUUAACACGCUUCUGGAGGAGAAGAGCACCGAGGCCGACGAGAGCAUGGAGAAAUACUGCAGCCUGAUGGUUAAGGUCCACAAGCUGGAGGAGAGCAACGACGCGCUGAAGACCCGACUGGAGCAGCUCGCUGCCAGCCAGCCUGCAAAUGAAGCCAAGGCCCCUCCUGAAACCCACCGGCGUUCAGCGAGGAAGUCCUCCUCCAGACACCAGGAAGAAAAAAUGAGUGAAAACACGGAGAAUGUGGUUCCCACGACAACGGCGAGCUCUCCGCAGGGAUCGUCUCCGGGGAAACGGGGUCAUAAGGAAAUCAGCGACAGAGACGGCGCCCAGGAGGCUCUGCACAACCUGACGAAGAAACUGAAAGCCAACACCGCGACGCCCAGAGGAAGAGGAGAACAGGACGACGAAGAGUUCAGACCAGAGGGCCUGCCUGACCUGGUGCAGAAAGGGUUUGCUGAUAUCCCCCUGGGGGAGGCCAGUCCGUACAUCAUCCGGAGGACCACCGGGAGGCGCUGCAGUCCUUGGCUGGCUGCAAGGCAGACUCAGCCGGACGUCAAGGUUCUGGUUCCCGUCCACCUGCAGAGUCCCUCUGGUUCGUCAUCGGAGGGCUCUGACGGGACGCGCCAGCCUCUGCGUGGCGAACAGAAAGCUUGGCUGAACGUCCAUCAGGACGCAGAGCAGAGAGAGAAACAUGUUUUAGUGGAUCAAACGAAGCAAGCAGAAAACUGCCACGUUCAGUAGAUCACGUCACACAGAGAGAAACUCACCACGACACAAAUGUUCGCUUGAUCACGAGGUUAAAAUUUCACCUAAUGGCAUGUAGGGCAUAAAAUGUUCACUUUUUUCUUUUUUAUUUGAGGAGAAAACACUUGUAUAUUUCUUUUUCCGGGACUGAAACAGAAGCAUUACUCUGUUUGUUCUGCAUAUUAUAGCUCAGCGUCAUCAGGAAGAAAUGGAUAAAUGGAAAAAAAUGUUCUUUUUUCUUCCUAGCAUUGCUUUUAGUUCAGUUAUUUUUACUAAAUUUUUUUAAAACACUUUUAUACAUCUUUAAAUUAGCCAGAUGUGUUGCUGUAGUUUGUCAUUUUUCCGCCUUUAUUUUACUAUCACUCUCUUGCUGUAAGAAAUACUUUUUAGCCGAUUUUGUUUUCUGUAAAUGACGGCAGCUGACUUUUCUUACAUUUCCAUAUUUUUCUGCUUUAUAUUGAUGUCUAACUUUUCUUUAAUAAACCCAUUUUUACUAUUUGUA